AUUUGAAAUUUGACACCGUUGAAUAAACAUGUUGACAUUUUAGACGUUAAAUUCACAGUCACAGUUGUUUGAAAUCAAUGUGAAAAAUUUAUAACAAGUAUAAUAUCUUUACUAAAUUUCAGUCAUGUACAAAGUAAGAAGAGUUUUAUUUCUAUUCGCAUUGGUUUCAUGUCUUUUCGUAAUAGACUGUGUUCUUGGCAAUGUCUCGCUUAAACUGAUUAAAAAAUUAUCCGAAAAUCUUCAAGCAUUGCCUAAAUCAGUGAAAGAAGAGACGAAGGUCUUAUUAUUGGAAGGUGCACGAUUAAUGAAUCUACCUCUUCUAUGUUCUGAAGUUCUCUUUUUAGCUGUUAUGACAGCAGUACUUAAUAAUUGGAGUUAUCCAAACAAAAACGAUCGUAUAGAUAGACUACUCCAGGAGAGCCGGCGUGGAUUACAGUCCACCAACACAUAUCUGGAAAAGUGGCGACAGAAAAGAGUAGAAGCUGAAGAGAAUAAGAAUAAGGAGCCAGACUACGUGAAACCAUUAAAGCUGGAAGUUCCAAUAUUACACAUGGCUAUUAUAGAUAAUCGAGCAACUAACAGGUUUGACGCAAGAGCUCAACACGAAAGGGGAGACGCAGGAGACUCGAUUAACAUCACUGAUACAACCUUACUGUCAGUAGCGUCAGUCAAUAAUGAUGACUUCGAGUCAAUAAUGAAGUUAGCACGUGAUGACGUCACCACCGAAGAUAUACGAAGCAUCGAGACCAACAACCGUUAUCUAUGGAAAGUUCUAGAAGAAGACGAUGAUGAUAUUUAAACAUUCAAGUACUUUAAAUUCUUGCGGUCAAAAUUGACUUGAUUUGUAAAUUCUAAAUCUAAUUCUUGGUGUCAAUUAAAUAGAAUGUUCCAGAUUGUGAUAACAAAAUACGGUGAAUUACUUACUUUGUGCAAAUAACGAGCCAUCCAUGGUCCAACGUGCAAUAAAUAAUGGUCCUUGAUUA